AUGGGACAUGAUGAAUAUUUAUCUAGGAGUAAGAGUACAUUUGAAGGAAAAUUGGGUGGGGAUGAGCCAUUUUAUGACUCAGAUGAACCUGUUAGCUUUGAAAUAGAGAUUGAUGAUGAAGCUGAUGACGAAUAUGUGGUUGAAAAGCCUACCAAAAAGUCAAGGAGACCAAAAAGAAUGAGAAAUAGGGUUAUUUUUUAUCCUAAGUGUAAAGAAAUAGUUUGGGAGACUAGUCUUGCAUUUGAAAGUGCUAAACAGUUUAGGAAAGCACAUACUAGGUAUGCAGUUCAAGAACAUGUAGAGUUGGAUAAAUAUGUCAAUGAACCAACUAGGGUGAGGGUAAAGUGUACUGUUGGCUGUCCAUGGUUAUUGUUUGCCAGUUUUGAUUCUAGAACAAAUGAUUUUGUUGUGAAGAAUUACAAUCCUGUUCACAAGUGCAAUGGCACAACAAAGAACAAGUUGGUAAAUUCUUUGUAUAUUUCAGAAAAGUACAACGACAGAAUUAUUUCUGAACCUGGCAUUAGAAUUUUUGAGCUUCAAAAUUUGGUAAAAAAGGAAUUAGAGGUGUAUAUUGGUAGGACUAUGGCAAGGAAAGCCAGAAGCAUUGUUUUGCAACAAAUCAUGGGUGACAAUGUAGAGGAGUUCAAAAGAAUUUUGAAUUAUAGGGAUGAGCUUUUAAGGACUAAUCCAGGUAGCACAUGUGUGGUUAGGCUGAGUGAAGAAACUUUUGAAGGUGGAGUCAAAAGGUUUCAGUCCAUUUAUAUAUGUUUUGAUGCCAUGAAGAAGGCAUUCAAGGCUGGUUGUAGGAGGGCAAUUGGGUUGGAUGGGUGUUUUUUAAAAGGUGUUAGUAAAGGGCAAUUGCUUGUGGCUGUUUGUAAGGAUGGGAACAACCAGAUGCUACCACUGGCUUGGGCAGUGGUUGAAGCUGAGAAUACUUUUACUUGGAGAUGGUUUGUCAACAUUCUAAGGCAUGAUCUUGAGCUUGGAGAUGGGACUGGUUUGACAACUCUUUCAGAUAUGCAAAAGGGUCUGGAUAUAGCCAUUAAGGAUAUGUUGCCAAUUGUAGAACAAAGAAUGUGUGCAAGACAUGUGCUUGCCAAUUUUUCCAAAAAAUGGAAAGGCAUAGAGAUUAGAAACUGCUUCUGGAGAUGUGCUAAGUCCACAUAUGAGCAGGAGUUGCAAAAAAAAUUGGAUCAUAUGGAGAAGUUAGGUGAUGGAAUAAAUGGAGAUUUGUUGUAUUACAACAUAGAUAGGUGGUCCAAGGUCUACUUUAAAUAUCUCAGCUGUUGUGAUAGUGUUGACAACAACAUGGCCGAGAGUUUUAAUUCCUGGAUUUUGGGGCCAGGGCACAAGACCAUUAUCACAAUGCUUGAGGAAAUUAGAGUCAAAAUGAUGAGAAGGAUCCUUCCAACUGACAUACUGGAAUUUCUUCCAAACACCGACAAGGACGCUGUUGUUCAUUACGACGAUCAUGAGUAUAAUAUGAAAUACAAGGUUAGCGUAUACACACGCCUCGCUCAAGGCGGGAAAGCCUUCAUUGAUGCUGCCGGAUUAGGGAUAGGAGAUGUGUUGUGUUUUAAGGCAUGUUUAGAUGAGAACCGCAUAGUGUUUUUUGUUCAUGUAAAGGAGGAUCCGGAGAUCGUAAUGAUAGAUUAG